CAGGAGCAUUGCCUUGCUUCAUUCACUUCUCAAGUUCUCACUUUGCUGUGGGUCGGGCUGUCUCGUGUGGUGGACGGUGGCGGUGGCUACGUUUCGCAGCCUUUCGUGUUCUUUCUAAACAAUAAAAAUAAAAAAAACAAAUAACGAAAGUGCCGAACAAUUAGCAAUUAAUUUUAAGUGGUGCUGUGAAUGUGAAAUUUACUUAUGGCAUCUGACGAAGAAGUUGAGGAAUCCCUUGCGGUGGGAGAAGAGGAAAACGCUGAUGAAACCGUCGGAGAUUUGCCAGAAAAUGAGGAAGCAUCGGACGAGGGUGCACCAAAAGGAACUCAGGAAGAUGAUGACGAUUAUGAGCCUGAAGAUGGUCGGAAAAAGAAAAAGGGCAAAAAACGAAAAGUGAGGAGUGAAGGUGAAAGCAGUAGUAAACGUGGUAGAAAGAAGAAAAAGAAGAAGAAGAAUGAGAGUGGGGAGGAAAGUGAGGGCGCAGAAGAUGAUAAUGGUGGAGACUCCGACUUUGCAAAUAGUAAAAAAUCUGGCAAAAAAUCGAAAAGUUCUAAACACACUACGUCAACUCCUUCAACUCCUACAACAGAAACAUCUAAUACUGGCGGUAUGCCAACUAUUGACGAAGUUUGCUCCACUUUUAAUUUAACUGACGUUGACAUUGAGUACAGUGAUCAAGAUAUGCAAAAUUUAACCUCAUACAAAUUGUUCCAACAGCAUGUUAGACCAUUGCUUACUAAAGAAAAUCCCAAGGUUCCUAUGUCCAAACUUAUGAUGUUGGUAGCUGCCAAAUGGCGCGAAUUUUCCAAUGUCAACCCUCACUUACAAUCUGAAAAUCAGGAGACUACUCCACCAGUAGUCGAAGAAAGCUUUUCAAAACCAGCCAGAGCUUCUAGAGCAUCUAAAGAGGCUGCUUCGAAAAUUGUGGAAGCUGAAGCCGAAGAUUUUGAUGAGGAUGACGACGAUGAUGAUGAUGACAGGAGCUUAUCAUCCUUCAGAGAGAAGAAAAAGCGUGGUCGGAAACCAGGAAAGGGUAAGAAGGCGUCUAAGGUUCCCACUCUCAAAAUUAAGCUGGGAAAAAGAAGACGCGGUAGCUCAGAUGACGAUGACGGUAGUAAUGCAGGGUCAGAAAAGGACUCUGAUGCUGAGUUUGAGCAAAUGUUACAAGAUGCCGAUGAGCCUAAGUCUAAAUCAAGUGAUAACAAUGAUGCUAGCUCUUCAAAAGCUACUUCUGAAGCAGGCGACGAUGCUGCCCCUAAACGAAAAGCCAAAACAAAGAUUGGUGUCAAAUCAAAGAGAAAAAGGAAAACUAAACAGAAGGAUGAAGAACCUUAUGAGCACCAAGAUUACUGUGAAGUUUGUCAACAAGGUGGAGAAAUCAUUCUUUGCGACACUUGCCCAAGAGCUUACCAUUUGGUAUGUUUGGAACCUGAGCUCGAUGAAGCUCCCGAAGGCAAAUGGAGCUGUCCCCAUUGUGAAAGUGAAGGCCCCGCCGAUCAAGAUGAUGACGAGCAUCAAGAAUUCUGUAGAGUAUGUAAAGAUGGUGGUGAACUCCUUUGCUGUGACUCUUGUCCAUCUGCUUACCACACACAUUGUUUGAACCCUCCUUUGACCGAUGUUCCUGACGGCGACUGGAAAUGCCCCAGAUGUGGUUGUCCGCCACUCAAAGCCAAGGUGGCUAAGAUUUUGACUUGGAGAUGGACUGAAGUUGACAUUAAAGGAAAAGAUAAGAAUGGAAAAGAAGAAGUUACAAAGCAUCGCAGAAGGGAAUAUUUUGUAAAAUGGCACGAAUUAUCCUAUUGGCAUUGUGAUUGGAUCUCGGAACUGCAAUUGGACGUUUACCAUCCGUUGAUGUUCCGCAGCUACACGCGAAAAUAUGACAUGGAAGACCCUCCUAAACUAGAGGAACCCAUUGAUGAAGCAGACGCACGUUGCACACGUUUUAUCAAAAUGGGCGGCACAACAAACGACCAAGAAUUAGAAGAAAAGUUCUACAAAUUCGGAGUUAAACCGGAAUGGCUUAUUGUCCAUAGAGUUAUUAACCAUCGAACUACAAAGGAUGGUAGAACGCUAUUUUUAGUGAAGUGGAGAGAAUUGUCAUAUGAUCAAGCAACAUGGGAAGAAGAAAGCGACGAUAUUCCUGGUCUUAAGGCAGCUGUAGAGUAUUACCAAGAUCUCAGAUCAGCUUGUUAUAAAGAAUCCAAAGUUGGUCGAAAACCCAAAUCCAAAUCGAAAUCAAGAUCAAGAGAGUUAUUGGACGAUGACGACAGAGUUACUCCAAGAAGAUAUACACCUCCACCUGAUAAGCCGACAUCGGAUUUGAAGAAAAAGUUUGACAAACAACCAAUAUAUCUUGACGAAUGCGGAAUGCAACUGCACGAAUAUCAGUUGGAAGGUCUCAACUGGUUAAGAUACUCGUGGGCAAAUGGUAUUGACACCAUUCUCGCUGACGAGAUGGGUCUGGGAAAAACAAUCCAGACCAUCACAUUUCUCUAUUCUCUAUACAAAGAAGGCCACUGCAAAGGUCCGUUUUUAGUUUCGGUCCCGCUUUCAACUAUAAUUAACUGGGAAAGAGAAUUUGAAACCUGGGCUCCUGAUUUUUAUUGUAUCACUUAUGUUGGUGAUAAGGAUUGCCGUGCUGUAAUCCGAGAAAACGAACUCACAUUUGAAGAAGGCGCAGUUGCCAGAUCUGGAAGGGCUUCUAAGAUAAAAGCCAGUUCUAUCAAAUUUAAUGUACUUUUAACCAGCUACGAACUUGUUUCUAUUGACUCAGCUUGUUUAGCCUCAAUUGAUUGGGCCGUACUAGUGGUUGAUGAAGCCCACAGGCUGAAGAGUAACCAAUCAAAAUUCUUCAAGUUCCUGAAUAGCUAUAACAUUCAGUAUAAACUACUUUUGACUGGUACUCCACUGCAAAACAACUUGGAAGAAUUGUUCCAUCUCCUUAACUUCUUAAACUCACAAAAGUUCAACGAACUGCAAACAUUCCAGAAUGAAUUUGCUGAUAUUUCCAAAGAGGAUCAAGUUAAAAAACUACAUGAAAUGUUGGGCCCACACAUGUUGCGUCGUCUCAAAGCCGACGUUUUGAAAAACAUGCCAUCAAAAUCUGAAUUUAUUGUGAGAGUUGAAUUGAGUCCAAUGCAGAAGAAGUACUACAAAUAUAUUUUGACGAGAAAUUUUGAAGCUUUGAAUCCUAAAGGAGGAGGUCAACAAGUUUCUUUGCUAAACAUCAUGAUGGAUUUGAAGAAAUGCUGUAACCAUCCUUAUCUAUUUCCAGCCGCUUCAGAAGAGGCUCCUGUUGGGACUCAUGGGCAAUACGAUAUUCAACACCUUACAAAAUCUGCUGGUAAGCUGGUUUUGCUUUCGAAGAUGUUGAGAAUACUGAAAGAACAAGGACAUCGUGUUUUAAUAUUCUCGCAAAUGACAAAAAUGUUGGACAUUUUGGAAGAUUUCUUAGAUGGAGAAGGGUACAAGUAUGAACGUAUUGAUGGUGCUAUAACUGGGGGUCAACGUCAAGAAGCUAUAGAUAGAUUCAACGCCCCUGGUGCUGUGCAAUUCGCUUUCCUAUUAUCCACUAGAGCCGGAGGUUUGGGUAUUAACUUGGCCACUGCCGAUACCGUUAUCAUUUACGAUUCCGAUUGGAAUCCUCACAACGACAUUCAAGCUUUCUCAAGAGCCCAUCGUAUUGGUCAAGCCAACAAAGUAAUGAUAUAUCGAUUCGUAACACGUAAUAGUGUAGAAGAAAGAGUAACACAAGUGGCUAAAAGAAAAAUGAUGUUGACUCAUUUGGUUGUUCGUCCAGGAAUGGGCGGUAAAGGUGCCAAUUUUACAAAACAAGAAUUGGAUGAUAUCUUGAGGUUUGGUACUGAAGAGUUGUUCAAAGAAGAAGAGGGUAAGGGAGAGGAGGCUAUUCAUUAUGAUGACAAGGCCGUUCGGGAACUUUUGGACCGUAGUAAAGAAGGUAUCGAGCAAAAAGAAUCUUGGGCCAAUGAAUAUUUGAGUUCGUUCAAAGUCGCCAGUUAUGCCACCAAAGAAGGCGAAAAUGAAGAAGAAGUAGACACAGAAAUUAUCAAACAAGAAGCCGAAAACACCGAUCCUGCAUAUUGGAUUAAGUUGCUUAGACAUCAUUUUGAACAGCAACAAGAAGAUAUCGCCAGAACUCUGGGAAAAGGUAAACGUGUCCGAAAACAAGUGAACUACAAUGAUGGCGGCAUGACUACAGAAACCCGCGAUGAUAGUACCUGGCAGGAAAAUCUGUCCGACUAUAACAGUGAUUUCUCUGGUGGGUCUGACAAAGAUGAAGAAGAUGACGACUUUGACGAAAAGAACGAAGGCGACAUGAGCAGAAGAAGCAGAAGGCGCAUGGAAAGGAAAGACGAAAGAGACAGACCUUUACCGCCACUUUUGGCUCGAGUUGGUGGUAAUAUUGAGGUUCUUGGAUUCAACGCACGUCAACGCAAAGCAUUCCUUAACGCCAUCAUGCGUUAUGGUAUGCCUCCACAAGACGCUUUCAACUCGCAAUGGCUGGUGCGAGAUCUUCGAGGUAAAUCCGAGAAAAACUUCAAAGCCUACGUGUCCUUAUUUAUGCGCCAUCUUUGUGAACCCGGAGCAGACAAUGCUGAGACUUUUGCUGACGGUGUACCCCGUGAAGGUUUGAGCAGGCAACAUGUUUUAACUAGGAUCGGUGUUAUGUCCUUAAUAAGAAAGAAGGUUCAAGAGUUUGAGCACAUAAAUGGCGAAUACAGCAUGCCAGAAUUGAUUAAAAAAUGUUUCUCAGAUCAAAAUAAGGCUGCCAUUACUAUUGGAGACGCUGACACCCCAAAAAGUGCAACAACAAGUACAAGUGCAACUCCUGCCACCAGUGCAGCUCCAAGCCCUGCACCAAAUGCCAGCCUGGAAACUGCAGAAAAAGUUGAGAAACCAUUGGAGAAAACAUCAGAAAAACCGAUAGAAACGCCAGCUGAAAAAGUGGCAGAAAAACCUGAAGCUAGUGAAGAAAGCAAAGAUAAGGAAACGAAAAGUGAAGUGAAAGAAGAGAACGAGAAACCUGCGGCAGAAGAAGGAGAACCUAAAGUGUCAGAAGAAAAAGAGGAAAAAGAAAUUAAGCCCGAGGAAAUAAAAGUGGAAACGAAACCUGAGGAUGUUCCAAAAGAAGCAGAGGUUGAAGAAAAGAAAGAUGAGAAAAUUCCAGAAAUUAAAAAAGACGAACCAGAACUUAAAGAAGAACCUGAAAAAGAACCAGAAGAUGUCAAAAAGGAAGAAACUCCUGAAAAUGAUAAAAAAGAAGAGACAGAAAAAGACAAAAAAGAAGAGAAACCUUCUACAGAUAAAAAAGAAGACACCCUCGUUCUUGUGGAAGACGAAAAGAAAGAAAAGAAAGAAUCAGAACCGAUACCUCCUCCUGAGAAGAGGAAGUUCAUGUUCAACAUUGCUGACGGUGGCUUCACAGAGCUGCACACUUUAUGGCUCAAUGAAGAAAAAGCCGCAACACCUGGAAGAGAAUACGAAAUUUGGCAUCGUCGUCAUGAUUAUUGGUUGUUGGCCGGAAUUGUCACUCACGGUUACGGAAGGUGGCAAGAUAUCCAAGCGGAUGCAAGAUUCGCAAUUAUCAAUGAACCCUUCAAAAUGGACGUUGGAAAAGGCAACUUCUUGGAAAUUAAAAAUAAGUUCUUAGCUAGAAGAUUUAAGCUUCUUGAACAAGCUCUCGUCAUCGAAGAACAACUCCGUCGCGCAGCUUACCUCAACUUAACGCAGGAUCCAAAUCAUCCGGCAAUGUCACUAAAUGCCCGAUUUGCUGAAGUGGAAUGUUUGGCCGAGUCUCAUCAACACCUGAGCAAAGAAUCUUUGGCUGGAAAUAAACCAGCAAACGCCGUAUUGCACAAAGUGCUCAACCAACUGGAAGAGUUGUUGAGCGAUAUGAAAUCAGAUGUUUCAAGAUUACCAGCGACCUUAGCUCGAAUCCCUCCUGUUGCGCAAAGGCUUCAAAUGUCGGAGAGAAGUAUUUUGUCCAGGCUGGCUGCUACAUCCUCAUCUACUAGCCAAGCUACUGCUCAAGUUAUGAGUCAAUUCCCACCUGGUUUCAACGCUGGUAACUUGGCAGGAUUCGCCACAGCCAACUUUUCCAACUUCAGACCUCAGUAUUCUGUCCCAGGUCAGCCGCCUACAGGAUUUCCUUCAUAAGCAAAUAUCUCAAUAAAUCUACUUCUUUAUUAGUAAUUGUCUUAAUAUCUUAAAAACUUUAGGAAUAAAAUUGCAUUGAAUAUUGUAAAGCCCACUACUCAUACAUAGUACCCCAAUUUGUUGAUGUUUUAGUCAAUCAAAAUGAAUUAUUUUUGUUAUUAUUUCGUAUCACGAGGAUUCUAUAAAAUUAAAUGAAUUCGAAUUUUUUUCAUGAAAACCAUAACGAGUUCCUCCAUCUUGUAUUUCAAAUUAAACUACUAAGCAAAAAUGGUUGGGCAUUUGUUGAUUCUUGCAUCAUUUUUUUUUUUGAUGGUCCAUUGACACUAAUUGCAAAAACUCAUGCAUCAAUGAAUAGUGAGUAGCGGGCUUAAUUCUUUGCUCAAAUUGGGCUCAAUCCCAGAAAAAAAAGUGGCUCUGGAUGUUAGGUAAAUAAUUAUUUAGGCUCUAGGCUAAGGUUAAUUUUUUUUGUAUAUGUAGUUCCCCAUAAGCAUAAAAGAAUAAAUGCAGAGCGAUGACGGAUCUUUGUACACAUAGAGGUUAAUAAAAUAGUUAGAAAUUUGUAAAGCCACCACAGCUCUCUUAUGGAGAUUUCAGUAGCUUUAUUAACAAAGACUUUUUAGUUUCUUUUUACCAAAUAAAUGUUUUGUUUUUUAACAAUGUUUUUAAGAAUUCUUGCAUGAAUAUAGUCGAAAUGCUAUUAACGGGAAUAACACAAUUGUAGAUUUACUUUUCCUCUUUGUAAUGUAAUUGCUUUUUAAAUUUUAUAACAAUAAAAAUGGUUCAUACUUAAUAAAUUUUCUUCAUAGAUUAACCAAGAUAAGAUCAAGAAGCAAAGUUUUGCAAAUAAUAGUUAACAGCGUCCAUUUCACUGCGCAAGAAAAUAUAAAUAUUUGUAUUUCACAGAUUUCUUUUGACGUAGCAAAAUUGAUGAAACCCGUUGUCCAUAAAAAAUUAUAAUUUUACUUGUAUUAUGACAAUUUCACUAAGGCCCGGUUUAUUCAUCUUCAGGUAAACUUACUGGUAACUAUCUGCAAAAUAAAUUUACCAUUCUAUAAUUCUAUUGGUCAGCGGAUAACUGGCCGACAAAUGGGUUUUUAUUUGUCAGAUUGCAUACCUGACAAUUUAUCAGAAGGUGAAUAAACGGAUAAACCGGCCCUAAGACAGUAAACAGCAAGGGUAAUUUGGUGUCCAAAUAAGGAAAAUCAAAAGGAAAUCUAAGGCAAUCAGGGAAAAUCAUAAGUAAAUUAAGGGAAAUAUUAAGGAAAUCAGUCAAUCUCUAGAUUUAACGGAUGCUCAGUUGUCAAAUAUCUUUAUAAUUUGAGAUAAUGUUAUCAGGUUGUGCAAUCUUACUGGUAAUCAGAAAAAAUCAGGGAAAAUCAUCCACAAUUUCCCCUAAAACCGCUAUUUGGUGUAAAAAAACUGACCUGCGGUUUACCUCUUGCCCACAAGGGUAAUUUGGUGUACAAAUUAGGGGAAAUCAAAAGGAAAUCUAAGGCAAUAAGGGGUAAUCAUAAAGAAAUCAGAGGAUAUCACAAGGAAAAUAAGGGAACUCAAGAAAAAUCUAAAAAAAAGCAUGGGAAAUCUAAGGAAAUCAGUCAAUUUCUGGAUCUAAUGCAUGCACUAAACCCACAAUCUGGUGUACAAGCAUCUGAAUAAAUAAAUCCCUAAAAUUAUAACUAUAUACUCACCUAUUGUUUGAAAUAAACUUGAGAACUAAUCAUCAAUAUGUUAUUUAAUUUAAAUUUGAAAGAUAAUCAUUUGCAAUGCUGAAUAUCAUGUGCGUUCGAAAAACACAAAUAACCUGAUCAACUGGACAGCGUGGUAAACUCUUAGCUCUUCUGCCUUGUAUUGAAAAAUGCGCGGCACCAUUAUAUGCGCACGUAUUUCUGUUUAGCUACAAAACACAUGGACAUACAAUGGUGCAGAACAUCAUGCUGAUCAGCCAUUCAAAGUAAUUCCUGGAGGCGAUGUUGCAGAUUAUCUGUUUUUGUUUGUCCAUGAGCUAGAAACAAAUUGUGAACAUUAGUCGCUGUAGGUUUGGUCCUGGAAAAGUGAAACUCAAACGGUUUUUUAAAAAAGAUGCUUGAGAAUAUCGCAAACACUCUCUAAAAAUUGGAUCAAAAUCGCUCAAGCCAUUUUGAAUCUAUGAAGGCAAAAAGUCAAAAUUUUCCGAAAACUUCAACACUCUGUUUUUUUUUGUUAGCGAAAUGUUUGCGGACACAUGUACAUAUGCAAAAAGUGAUUGUCUUAUUUUACUCUAUCUAUCAUAACAAAAUGCGCAAUUAUUUCGGACUCACCGGGCCCUGUAUUUUGCCAAAUUUUGAUUUUUUUAAGACCCAAUUAGUUCUUCUGGCAUGUAGUAAAAAAUGCGCUGCUACACUAAAUGAGCUUAUAUUUUGAUUCUACGACAAAACACAUGAACAUUUAAUGGUGCAGAACAUCAUGCUGAUCAGCCAUUCAGAGUAAUUCCUGGAGGCGAUGUUGCAGAUUAUUCUGUUCUCGUUUUUGUCCAUGAUCUAGAAACAAAUCGUAAACAUUGCUACAAAAUCGAUGUACGAGUCAAUUUUUGAGCUUCAGUAUCAUGGGUAGAUGUAAUGCUGACUUUUUCUCUGAGACUCACUUCUUUUUGGAAAAAGUAACCAAAUACAUCCACCUAGGAUAAAUACUGAAGCUUGGUAAAAGCGACGUAAUCUGAUCAACUGGAGAGCGUGAUAAAAAAACCCUUAGCUUUUGUGGCAUGUAGUGAAAAAUGCCCUACAUCAUUAUAUGCCCAUGCAUUUUGGUUCAAAAGACAUAGACAUACGAUGGUCAUGAUGGUCAGCCAUUCAAAGUAAUUCCUGGAAACAAUGCUGCAAUUUUCAAGCUUCAGUAUCUAUGGGUAGAUAUAUUUGCUGACUUUCCCUCUCUUUGUGAAAAGUCAGCAAAUACAUUUACCUAGGAUAGAUAUUGAAGCUUUUAACAUACUUUUCAAACUUACCAAGUCCUCUUUUGGUCGACAAUUGAGUUUAUCUGGUGUUAGCCUUGAUUCUGCAGAGUAGUUGCAAAUUCUUCUUUUUUGGAUGACUCAAUCUGUUGACUCAAUUGUUAAAAAACGAACUAUUGUACACAACUUUUUUGUAAAAUUGAACAAUAACUAAUACAAACCAUUGGUAUUCUACCAAAUUUCAAUAAAAUCUGGGGACGUAACCUGAUCAACUGGAGAGCGUGGUAAACUCUUAGCUCUUCUGGCGUGUAGAAAAAAAUGCACUGCACUAUCAUAUAUCCAUGUAUUUUUGUUUGGCUACAGAAACACAUGAACAUACAAUGGUGCAGAACAUCAUGAUAAUCAGCCAUUUAGAGUAAUUCCUGGAGGCGAUGUUGCAGAUUAUUCUGUUUGCGUUUUUGUCCAUGAGCUAGAAAGGAAUCGUAAAAGUUUUAGAUAAAUGUAUUUGUUGGAAUCACGUUUGUUGUUUGAAAAUUUUUCUAUGAUAGUGGGAAUAACUGUUGAGGGGGUUUUUACAUUGUCAGGAUUGUUAUAUAUUUAUUCAAAAUAAACUUAAAAAGGGGGUGUGACCCAAAAACGAAAGUUAUAGUGCAAAAAAAUCUAAGAAUAAAUAUUCAAACCGCAUCUUGCUACGAUAAUUCGUUUUCGAGUUAGGGCGGUUUAAAGUUACAACUAGGUUUUUGUGACCUCACACUGAACUAUCAGGCACAGUACUAACACGUGUAAAAAUUUUCCAAAACAAAAGGCAAUUAUCUCACUAGAGCGCAUUGCAACCACUCAAGUAUAGAGUACGGUUCACUGACGACUGAACGAACUGAAGACUGCGAUUUCGGCGGUUGUGACGUAACAAACUCCUGCAUAAUUUGUCUUUACAAGGAGUUUUCUCGGAAACUAUUUUGAAUAUAGAACUGCGGUUUUCUCGAGAGAUCUUAGAUUUUUUUUCUUGUUUUAAGUAGCCCAAGUCGGUUUUUAGGGUCACGCCCCCUUUAAGUACCUACUUUCAAAAAACACAAAUUAGUAUACAAUUAUAUUUCGUCAAGUUUUGGUUUUUUAAGACCCAAGACUUGAGUUCACAUAUUUGAAAUUAGUAUAUUUUUUUUCAAGAAGCUGGGAAUGAAGUUGAAGUUUUAAUAAUACGAAGAAAAGUCGCUUCACUUUUCAAGCUUAAACCUGUCGAAGACAGGACAAAAAUAAUGAGAACAAGCAAGUUUAAACAGGACAAGAAAUCAAUAAAAUUAAAUCAAAACUUUUGGUUUCAAAUACAGUGUGUCCCACUUUUCAUGAAUACACCCCGAUAUCUCAGUUAUUAAAACUGCGAUUUAAUUUAAAUUUUGGUGGUGAGUGUAUGUUAGAAAAAUGAACUAUUUGACAUAGUGAACAUUUUUAUUUACCAUUGGCGUGCGUGUUAGGGGGUGAAAAAGGGUUGUAUUUUUGGGAAAAAGAUAUUAGGGCCUAUUCUAGAUAAUUUUUUGCAUCAGAUUAAAAUUUAGCAUCCCCAAAAACCCCUUAACUCAUAUGUUUUUUCAAAAUCUGAAGAGCUGAUUUUACAAAAAAAAAAAUAGAUUUUAAUUUGCUUUUUCUAAUAAGUUGCUUAUUUCAAAUUGUGAUGACCAAAUUACAGAUGACAUUAUUUUAGAAUAUCGUAUUUUAAACAUAGCUACCUUCUAAUUAGAAAUAAACAGCUUAUUAGAAAAUGUAAAUUAAAAUGAAUUUAUUAAUUUUUGUGCUAAAAUAAUUUUUGAAGAUUUUUAAAAUAUGAAUUAAGGGGUUUUUGGGGACGUUGAUUCUUAAUCUGAUACAAAAAAUUAUCUUAAAUAUGCCCUAAUAUCUUUUUCCCGAAAAUACAACCCCUUUUCACCCCCCCAACACUGCACGCCAAUGGUAAAUAAAAGUGUUUACUAUAGCAAAUAGUUCAUUUUUCUAACAUACAAUCACCACCAAAAUUUGAAUAAAAUCGCAUUGUUACUAACUGAGAUAUAGGGGUGUAUUCAUGAAAAGUGGGACAUACUGUAUAUGAACAAAACCUUGGAAUUGUUUACUACUUGGUCUCUCUAAGUUUGACUACAACCAGUAUUAUAAGAUCAGAAUUACAGCAAAAUGGGACGUUAAAAAAAAAGAACUAUUGUACACAACUUUUAUGUAAAACUCAACAAUAACUAACACAAACCAUUGGUAUUCUACCAAAUUUCAAUAAAAUUUUGCGACGUAACCUGAUCAACUGGAGAGUGUGGUAAACUCUUAGCUCUUCUGGCGUGUAGAAAAAAAUGCGCGGCACUAUCAUAUAUACAUGUAUUUUUGUUUUGCUACAGAAACACAUGGACAUACAAUGGUGCAGAACAUUAUGAUGGUCAGCCAUUCAGAGUAAUUCCUGGAGGCGAUGUUGCAGAUUAUUCUGUUCUCGUGUUUGUCCAUGAGCUAGAAACAAAUCGAAAACAUUAUUACAAAAUCGAUGUACGAGUCAAUUUUUGAGCUUCAGUAUCUAUGGGUAGAUUUGUUGACUUUUUCUCUGAGACACUUCUCUUUGGAAAAAAUAAGCAAAUACAUUCACCUAGGAUAAAUAUUGAAGUUUGGUAAAAGCAACGUAACCUGGUCAACUGGAGAGCGUGAUAAAAAAAACUCUUAGCUUUUGUGGCAUGUAGUGAAAAAUGCCCUACACCAUUAAAUGCUCAUGCAUUUUGGUUUUGGUACAAGAACAUCAUGAUGAUCAGCUAUUCAAAGUAAUUCCUGGAGACAAUGCUGCAAUUUUUAAGCUUCAGUAUCUAUGGGUAGAUGUAUUUGCUGACUUUUUCACUCUUUGGGAAAAGUCAGCAAAAACAUUUACCUAAUAGGAUAGAUAUUGAAGCUUGUUUAAAGCAACCAAGCAGCAAAAAUUGUAGCAGAAGAUUUUUAAAAUCUUGUCCACUAGUGGUUUCGCUCGACAGUUUUGUGGGGAAUUUCUUUUUGAUUUAAUCUUCAACAUACUUUUCGAACUUACCAAGUCUUUUUCUGGUCUACAAUUGAAUUUAUCUGGUGUUAGCCUUGAUUCUGCAGAGUGGGUGCAAAUUCUUCUUUUUGGAAUGACUUUGUCUUUUCACUAGAAAUUCUGACAAAUUGCUUGAAUACAAUCGGCAAGUCCUCACAAAUUUAGUAAAUAGUAUAGUAUGGGAAAAUGACACAAGUGCAACUCACAUCUGGAAACCAAGAUUAAAACUUAGAAUAUUUUUCCAAAGUUUUAGAUAAGUGUACUUACACUUGUCGUUGUUGGACUCACGUUUGUUGUUCGAAAAUUUUGUUACGAUAGUGGGAAUCACCGGGAUCAACUGGAGAGCGUGGUUAACUCUCAGCUUCUCUGGCAUGUAGUAAAAAAUGCGCGGCACCAUUAUAUGCGCACGUAUUUUGGUUUUGCUACAUAAAACAUGGACAUACAAUGGUACAGAACAUCAUGUAUUCUGUUCUCGUUUUCGUCCAUGAGCUAGAAACAAAUCGAGCAUAAUGUUUACAAAAUCGAUGUACAAGUCAAUUUUUGAGCUUCAUUAUCUAUGAGUAGAUGUAUUUGUUGACUUUUUCUCUGAAACUCACCUCUCUGUGGGAAAAGUCAGCAAAUACAUCCACCUAGGAUAAAUACUGAAUCUUGGUAAGCAAAAAUUGAAGCAGAAGAUUUUUCAAUUUAUUUUUUGACAUACUUGAUUGAAUUUAUCUGGAAUCAGCCUUGAUUCUGAAGAGUGGUUGCAAAUUCUCUUUUUUUGAAUGACUCUCUCUUUUCAACAUAAUUUCUAAUAAACUGCUGGAAUACAAUCGGCAAGUUUUCACAAACGUAGUAAAUCAUGGUAUGGAAAAAUGACACAAGUGCAGUUCACAUCUGGAAACAAAGAUCAAAACUUAUAAUAUUUUUCCAAAGUUUUAGAUAAGUGUACUUACACUUGUCGUUGAAAUCACGUUUGUUGUUUGAAAAUUUUGUUACAAUAGUCGGAAUAAUUGUUGAGAAGUCAAAAUUGGUCAUACCCAAUUAUGAACGACUUUUUGGGCGUUCCGCAAUUUUAUUGUGUGUGUUCAUCAAGUUCCGAAGAGAUCAAAACAAUCUGGUGUACAAAAACUGACCUGCGGUUUACCUCUCGACAUUCUGCCUUCAACAAUAUGCAUAACUUGGUCGAAAAAUAAAGUCUUUCAAUUUAGAAUGUUGAUUUUCCUUUCCAGAAUUUCAUAAUGAUGGAUGUAAGCUCAUAUUACCUAUACUUAUAUCUUGAAGUUACAGUGUUGCAAACCUUGAAAGUAUUAUCAGACUUUCUAAGGACAGCAAAAUUUAGGUUUUUUUUUUCUAGUGAAUUUUCUGAAAUAACUGAAACCCAAAAUCCAGGCUCUGAAUAAAUAAAUCCCUGAAAUUAUAGUUACGUAUAUAUUUAUUUAACAUAAACUUAAGUACUAAUCAGAUAUAAGAAAAUAUAAUUCAUUAUGAAAUCAGAAAUACAGCAAUACUUAUUAUUACCUUAAUUAAGAUUUCUGCUGGACCACUUUACAAUAAUUAUUAGGUUCGUCUUUAUAGGUUCCGGUUAAAUUAACUGCCAUUAGCAAAAAAAAAAGUCGUAGCCUAUAAAAACUCACCUAAUAAGGUCACCUGCGAGAAAACUCUAAAAACUAAGGGUUUCCAUUCACCAUGAUUUUUCACACUUUUUAAAGAAAAAAAGACCGAAUUCAUAAGUAUCAGGCAUUGAUUAUCGAUAUGAGAAAAACAUUUGACGAAUACAAGAAAAAAGGAAAUAUGAAAAAAAAAAAAAUGAUUACCUACAUUGUGCAUCAGAAUUAUUUUUGGGCCGAUUUUAAAAUUCGGCCUUUAAUUAUUUAAGUAGAUAUGCCACUUAAUUUUAUAUCUAGUUAAAAUUAAUAAAAUAUCUUAAGAGUUAAGCUUAUCAAAUUAAGAUUGUUGCUGGGUUUGCUAUACAACUCAGUUUCAUGAAUAGUGCAUAUAUUUUUUAUUUAUUGUAGAAUUAAAUGUUUUAAAUCAAAAUCUGGAAGUUUUUAAAUGUACAUAGUCUUAGUAAUUGUACCUAUAAUUUUAUCAUGAAAAAAAAUCACUGUUUUGAAGUGAAAUCAACAUAACUGAUGCAAUCUCCACAAGAAAGCUGUUUUUAGGGUCGUUUCAGUCGACUCAUUUUGAUGUUUGGGAAUGAAAUUCUUUAUGAAAUUUAGUGAAAAUAUAGUAGACAUUAUUUUAAUUCUUCCCAACCAUGGAUUCCAAUUGUCACCAAGUAAUGGCUUAAUUAAUGCAAAAUUAAAACCUUUCUGGUUUAUUAUCCAUUGCAUGCUAUGGGUGUAUGUGAUCUGUCUUUGAGUUUGCAUAGUUUUAUAUUUAUUGAUUGUAUUUUAUCUUAAUAAAAAUUUGGUCUAGUACCUUUUUAUGUUUUAUUUGCACAUUGUAUUAGCUGUUUGUAUUAAUAAUAAAAAAUUGUUUCCAACAAAUAAAAACGUAAAGGGACAAACUCGAAAGAUUUUAAAAAAAAAGUAGUUAGCUAAGUACUAUAAACAAAUUAUUAUUAACCAUAGAGCAGAAGUAAGCUGAAUCGUAACCUCUGGUGCAAUAAAUCAAUCAAGAUUUUGAUUAAAGUGAAUAUCCUCUUAACUAAAUCCUAACUAAUAAUGUUACCGCUCUGCAGAUAACUUUGUUCCACUUAAAUAUAAUGUUAAUAUUGGAUAAGCGUGUAUAUAAAUUAAAAGAAAGAAAUCAAAACAAUAUAAAUUAUUCAUUAGUAAAAAUAAAUUACUCACAUAUUACUGCGUGUAACAGUCCUAUGUCUCAAUGUUAAAUGAAGCUUCGGCCUAAAAAAAUGAAAUGAAAAUUAAGUAAUUUGUGCUGUAUUGAAGGAAUAAAAAUAUUUACUAGGUACUUAUAUUGUAGCAGAAGCGAAGGAAAUAUGUAUGUCACAAUGUAAAAAGUAUUUGUGUAACUUUUGUUUGUAUGUUUUGAGAAUAGAGGGAUAUCAGAUGUGGU